AUGCUCUACUUCAACUACGGUGUUUUAAAUGACUCGGUUUAUCAUGCGUAUGCUGACGAUCCUCUAGCUGGAAGUUUGGUCAAAAUUAUGUCUUGGUGCGGCUACUUGGGACUGCUUAUUGUCUGCGUGGCUAUGAAAUCUGACCAGUAUCAGCGUUUAUCAGAAGAAAUCUUCACGACACUAGUGAGUCACUUGCCACAGAGGGAGCUCAUGAAGUUAAGACUGCUCGUGUCUCAGUGUGACGAGGGUUCCAGGGAUUUUACUGCCGCAGGAUUCGUAAUCGUCGUUCCGCAACUGUUCCUUGUGUUUCUAUCGUUUGCGAUCGACUACUACAUUCUCUGUGAGCAGAACAUGAUCUACCUAAGAGAAGUGACCGGCAUCACCGAUGUGAAGAAAUCUUGGGAAACCUCGGACCCAGACUUUUCCUUGUGUUUCGAGAAGACGGUGCUGGUGUGGACGCCUUGCCUAGUGUUGUGGCUGUUGUCUCCUCUAGAGUUAUGGCUCAUAUACACCAGCAAGUGUCGAGAUAUACCCUGGGGACUGACAAACAUAGUCAAACUGUUGUUAAACUUGUCGUUGAUAACUGUCAGCAUUGUGAGUUUGAGCUGGUCAGCAGUUCGAUACUUCCAGGAUGACCAAGUUUUCCUUUUGGACCUGUGGACUCCAGCCAUUCAAACAAUCACUUUUAUGUUGGCAGCAGUGCUCCUGAUAUUGGACAAGGUGAGAGGACUUCACACGUCCGGAGUCUUGUUCGUGUUCUGGCUAUUGUUGGGCAUAGCUGGUGCUGCACAAUUCCGCACUGAAAUCUUACGAGAUAGCACGACGGAAUCAGAAGAAGAAAACUUCAAGUACAUUCUGUACAUGAUUUACUACCCAAUUGUUUUGCUGAUGUUGGUGCUGAAUCUUUUUGCUGAUCCUCCUCCCAGAAGUACAGAUUACCCAAAGUAUCAGAAGCUGUGUCCAGAAGUUCAAGCAUCAUUUAUUUCUAAAAUUAUUUUCGGGUGGUUUGAACCACUGAUCUAUAAAGGAUUUCGAAAGCCAUUGACUGUAUCAGAUUUAUGGGACUUGAGAUACAAAGAUACUUCUUCACAGAUAGUUCCUCGCUUCGAGAAAAACUGGAAAAAGAAAUUAGAUUACAGUACAAGAACUAAGUCUAAGACAAUACUGGGUGAAAACCCACCUGCAAAGGAAAGUGAGACAAAACCUGUUUCCGUACUUGGGCCACUAUUCAAGACAUUCUGGUUGCCAAUUGUUGCUUCUGGAUUUACAAAAGUUUUAUCAGAUGCUUUAGUAUUUAUCAAUCCACAGAUCCUGAACCUAAUGAUCAGUUUUGUGGCCGGUAAAGACUACCUAUGGAAGGGUUUUGUGUACGCUGCCGCCAUGUUCCUAGCCGCAGAGAUGCAAACCAUUCUGACCCAAAACACAUUCAUGAAUAUGUAUAAUGUCGGCAUUAACUGGCGGACUUCACUCAUGUCAUCGAUUUACAAAAAGGCACUUCGAGUGUCCAGUGCCGCCCGAAAGAGCUCUACUGUUGGAGAAGUAGUUAACCUGAUGGCGGUAGAUGCUCAGCGUUGUUCCGACUUCGCUCAGUUUAUCCACUUCAUAUGGACGGCUCCUAUAAUCAUAGUCGUGGCCCUCUAUUUCUUGUGGCAGAUCCUCGGUGUAGCUGUGUUGGCUGGUCUGGCAGUGAUGAUCGUUAUCAUCCCCUUCAACGGUGUCAUUGCCAACAAAAUGAAAAAGCUGCAGACCAAACAAAUGAAAUACAAAGACGAAAGAGUGAAACUCAUCAAUGAAAUUUUAACUGGAAUUAAGGUUUUGGUUACC